AUGGGCAUGAUGCGCCACACCAUUGGCUCCUCCGAUAUGAGCGGCAACCAGUACUCUUUCGAUGAUAAUGGCCCAAGCUUCAACGAAGGACAACCUGACCUUGACCUGUCCAAUUUCGAUCUCACUGACGAUGGUGAAGCAAUGGUGAAGCUCCUCGCGAAGAUGGGCAGCCACAAAUCCGAUGUCCUCCUCGCUGGCGCACCAUGGUCAUUCCCGGGUUGGAUGAAGCACAACGGCCUUUUCAUCGCCCCUCGUCUCAACACCGGCACUUCCUACAAUAUCCUCAACAACUCGUUUGAUGUCCAGUAUAUUCCCCAGAUCAUCAAAUACUUCACAAAAUACAUCGACACCUACGCAGAAUAUGGCGUCACAGUCAACGGCCUUCCCCUGAUGAAUGAGCCACUCAACUACCAAGGUGGCUAUCCCUGUAUGUUCCUCGACGUCUCCGACGCAGCGGCAAUCUUGAGCCGCGGCCUCGGCGCAGCUCUCGCAGACCGCAAUGUUGCGCUCAUGGCCUAUGACCAUAACACAGACCAAGCAGUCUAUCCCUCGCAAGGUAAUCAACGCGCCCCAGGCCUGGUCUAA